AAUACAGAACAUGAGAAAUACAGAACAUGAGAAAUUGAGAAGUUGAGAACAAUAUGCUGGUGAAAGUCUAAAGAUAGAGAAAAUUAGCAAUAACAAAAAGGAAGAAAAAGAAGGUGAAUUUGAUUCAUAUUAAACAAACAAAAAAACAAUGGGUGAAACGAGAAAAGGGUUGUUGUUAAUCUCGGAUUUCGCAUUAUCGUUCAUGUGGGUAUGUUCCAGUGUUUUUGUUAAAAUCUUUGUCUACAAUUUUCUGGGAUUCGAACAUAAUUUUACCGGAGAUAUUGUCAAGCUCUGUUUCUCUCUCGUAAAUCUCUUCUUUUUCGCGAUUUUGGGUAAAUUUGCGGGAGGCGCUGCUUAUAAUCCUCUUACUAUUUUGGGUGGUGCCAUUUCUGGGGGUUUUAGUCGCUUUCUGUUCACCAUUGGCGCAAGAAUCCCAGCUCAGGUGUUUGGAGCCAUUUAUGGGGUUAAGCUUCUAAUUCAAAUGUUUCCCGAAAUUAGCCGGGGACCAAAACUGAAUGUCAACAUCCAUCAAGGCGCAUUGACUGAAGGAAUCCUAACCUUCAUGGUUGUUUUAAUAUCCUUGUCAUUAGCAAGAAGCAUUCCUGGGAGUUUUGUUAGGAAGACUUGGAUUUCUAGCAUUUCUAAACUUACGCUCAACAUUCUUGGUUCAGACUUAACUGGUGGAUGCAUGAACCCGGCUUCUGUGAUGGGAUGGGCUUAUGCACGCGGUGACCACAUAACCAAGGAGCACAUUUUUGUUUAUUGGCUUGCUCCAAUAGAGGCAACUUUAUUGGCUGUAUGGAUAUUCAUGGUGUUGUUUCCGAAAGCAAAAGAAACUUCAGACACAAAACCAAAAUCAGAAUGAUUCUUGAACAAUCUCCACGUUUUGUGUGUGUGUAAACUUCAUCUUCGAAUCCUUGUACAGGUAAAUAUGAAGAUCGGUAGGAUUUUAAUUUUUUGAAAUUGUUAAAUAGUCCGUAACAUGGAUGGGAACAUUUCCCUGUUGUAUCCACUUCCAGCAAAACUGGCUGUAAAAGUGUCUUCAGAAUAUUAAUACGAGAAUGUUAACUUGCAUUGCCA